AGGAUGAGAGAGGUGACAGGAACUCCGCCGUCAUGACAACAAUCCGAUUACAUUGAGACACUUAUCUGUGCAGGCUAUUUAUGCGCAUACCAGCAGUGCUUAGGAACAAGACCCACUUAGAAGAACCGUCGCAUGAACAAGGGGUAUUUAUUUGUAUUUUUAUACUAAUUGUAAUAGAACUAAAGAGAAAGUAUUUAUUGAGCAACAUUGCAACUUUUCUUUGAGCUAGCCUACCUAUGUAUGGAGGAAUUAUCUGUGGACAUUUAGCUAUCAAGUGGAGGACACUGCGCGCAAGAAAAGGUUGCCAAAUUUUAAGGAUUUAAUCAAAUGCAUAUUGUUGAUUCGAAGUUUUCUUUUGAACAGUAAUCAUGUCAAAUGUACGCAUCAGGCUAUAUUUAUGUUGGGAUUUAGCUUGCAUUCGCGCGUUUCGACGGGCUGCAGAAUAGGCUGACCAAAAUAGGCAUAGGCCGAUUUUUUUUUACUGUCGUCUUGUUCCUUGAGGCAAGUUCUGAAAAACAUAUAUAGAAAUCUAGUUUCUGUUUUUUAUAUUGGAAGAAAAAGAGACUGUGCUCAUCCUCUGUCAUUCAGGGGCUGAUGAAGGUAACCUACAUGGUGUAAAGAUGGAUACUAGUCCUACAAGAAGUAUUGAUGGACAGACAGGUGUGGGGGAGAGCCCUGCCCGCAAUGGGGAGUCCAGGUACCGAGGCAGCACCAGGGGCAGCUUCCACGCAGUUGCCACAUGGAGCUCAUCCUCCCAGUCCUCCCAAAAGGAAGAUCUAGGGAGCAAUGUUAGUAAGAGACUUAAUUCUAUUGUCAACUCCCAAUACAAUGACCAUCACAGCACCACAGCAGAUCCCAAGGGCCAACUGUGGGUGUCAGCAGAACCUGACACAACCACCACCAAUACCGCCACUACCACAUUCUCCAAAGGAGCAGAAGUCAUCACUUCUACUCAGGCCUCAGAGACGGAGGAGAAUGACCAUGUGGACCAGUCCACCUACUUUCAGAGGCAGUUUGGGGCGCUGCUCCAGCCAGGGGUCAACAAGUUCUCCCUGCGCAUGUUUGGUAGUCACAAGGGCGUGGCAGCGGAGCAGGCCAGGGUCAAAUCCUUUGGAGUGUGGAUCAUCCACCCCUACAGUGACUUCAGGUUCUAUUGGGACAUUGUGAUGCUACUCCUGAUGAUGUGCAACCUGGUCAUCCUCCCCUGGGGCAUCACCUUCUUUGAAGACCAGAAAACUUUGCCCUGGAUCUCGUUCAACGUCAUCUCUGACACCUGCUUCCUGGUCGACCUGGUCCUCAACUUCCGCACGGGCGUCCUAGAGGGAGACGACCAGAUCAUCCUGGACCCCAAGGUGAUCCGUAUGCGUUAUCUGAAGACUUGGUUCGUGGUGGACUUCAUCUCCUCCAUCCCAAUGGACUACAUCUUCCUGAUAGUGGACCUGGAGGCCCAGAUGGAGGCUUCGGAUGUGUACCGCACAGCCCGUGCUCUCCGUAUCGUCCGCUUCACCAAGAUCCUCAGCCUGCUGCGCCUCCUGAGACUGUCCCGCUUCAUCCGCUACAUCCAUCAGUGGGAGGAGAUAUUCCACAUGACCUAUGACCUGGCCAGUGCUGUUGUGCGUAUAGUAAACCUGAUUGGUAUGAUGCUACUGCUGUGCCAUUGGGACGGCUGCAUGCAAUUCAUGGUGCCCAUGUUGCAGGAUUUCCCACCAGAUUGCUGGGUUACCAAGAACAACAUGGUGAAUUCCACAUGGCAUUUACAGUACUCAUAUGCCCUGUUCAUGGCAAUGAGUCACAUGUUGUGUAUAGGAUAUGGUGCCCAGGCUCCCGAGGGCAUGACGGACGUAUGGCUGACUAUCAUGAGUAUGAUUGUGGGUGCCACCUGCUAUGCCAUGUUUCUGGGCCAUGCCGCCAACCUGGUUCAGUCCAUAGACGCCUCCCGACGACAGUAUCAAGAUAAGUAUAAGCAGGUGGAGCAGUACAUGUCAUUCCAUAAGCUGCCGGCGGACGUGAGGCAGAGGAUCCAUGAGUACUAUGAGAUUCGCUUCCAGGGCAAGAUGUUUGACGAAGACAGUAUUCUGGGAGAACUCAGCGACCCGCUCAAGGAGGAAAUUGUGAGCUUCAACUGCCGUGGGUUGGUAGCCAACAUGCCACUGUUUGCCAAUACAGAUCCUCAUUUUGUAACAGUGAUUUUGACCAAGCUGCGCUUUGAGGUCUUUCAGCCUAAUGACUUCAUCAUACGGGAGGGAACACUGGGGCGGAAGAUGUACUUUGUCCAACACGGCUGUGUUACCGUGCUCCCCCGCGGAAAAAAAGAGAUACAGCUUAGCGAUGGAGCCUACUUUGGGGAGAUCUGCCUGCUGACCCGUGGACGUCGGACGGCAAGCGUGAGGGCUGAUACGUACUGCCGCCUCUACUCCCUGAGUGUGGACAGCUUCAACGAGGUCCUGGAGGAGCACCCGCUGAUGAGGAGGGCCUUUGAGAGCGUGGCUGUGGACCGUCUGGACCGGGUACAGGGGCGAGAACCCUUCAUGAGCUUCUCCGCAGACUGAAUGACACUUAUGGGCUCAUAGAGAAGAGUUGACACAGGCAGCACAGUGGAAACCUAUGUGACAAGAUGGAGGGCAUUCAACUGACAAAAAUCUGACAGUCAAUGGACAUGUUGCUCCUGUUUUUAGUUUGGGAACCUACUUAUAGAAAGUUAUGCUUCAAAUAUGUUUAUUAAGAAGCAUAUUACAAUGGAAACAAGUGUAUAAACAUAUCAAUGAGCUUCCCUUUUUAACAGAUAAAAUAACAGUAAUGUACAUCAAAACAAAAUAUUAAAUAAAAAUUAAUAGUACCCCCCUCUUCACACCCAGUCCUCCACAUACAGUGCAUUUGGAAAGUAUUUAGACCUCUUGAAUUUUUCCACAUUUUGUUACGUUACAGCCUUAUUCUAAAAUGGAUUAAAUAGGUUUUUUCCUCAUCAAUCUACACACAAUACCGCAUAAUGACAAAGAAAAAACAGGGUAUUCAGUCCCUAUACUCAGAAAUUUGUUGAAGCACCUUUGGCAGUGAUUACAGCCUCAAGUCUUCUUGGGUAUGACGCUACAAGCUUGGCACACUAGAAUUUGGGGAAUUUCUACCAUUCUUCUCUGCAGAUCCUCUCAAGCUCUGUCAGGUUGGAUGGGGACCAUCUCUGCACAGCUAUUUUCAGGUCUCUCGAAAUAUCUUCAAUCGGAUUCAAGUCCGGGCUCUGGCUGGGCCACUCAACGAAAUUCAGCGACUUUUCCCAAAGCCACUCCUGCAUUGUCUUGGCUGUGUGCUUAGGGUUGUUGUCCUGUUGGAAGGUGAAGCUUUGCCCCAGUCUGAAGUCCUCAGCGUUCUGGAGCAGGAUCUCUCUGUACUUUGCUCCAUUCAUCUUCCCCUCGAUCCUGACUAGACUCCCAGUCCCUGCCGCUGAAAAACAUCCCCACAGCAUGAUGCUGCCACCACCAUGCUUCACUGUAGGGAUGGUGCCAGAUUUCCUCCAGAUGUGAUGCUUGGCAUUCAGGCCAAAGAGUUCAAUCUUGGUUUCAUCAGACCAGAGAAUCUUGUUUCUCAUUGUCUGAGAGUCUUUAGGUACCUUUUGGCAAACUCUAAGAGGGCUGUCAUGUGCCAUUUACUGAGGAGUGAUGUCUGUCUGGCCACUCUACCAUAAAGGCCUGAUUGGUGGAGUGCUGCAGAGAUGGUUGUCCUUCAGGAAGGUUCUCCCAUCUCCACAGAGGAACUCUGGAGCUCUGUCAGAGUGAUCAUUGGGUUCUUGGUUACCUCCCUGACCAAGGCCCUUCUCCCCCUCUUCAAGCUCUGUCAAGCUGGUUGUUGCCAUAGAUUUUCAAGCCGAUUUAAGUCAAAACUGUAACUAGGCCACUCAAGAACAUUCAAUGUCAUCUUGGUAAGCAAUUCCAGUGUAUAUUUGGCCUUGUGUUUUAGGUAAUUCCCUUGUGAAAGGUGAAUUUGUGUCCCAGUGUCUCUUGAAAAGCAGACUGAACCAGGUGUUCCUCUAGGAUUUUGCAUGUGCUUUGGUCUAUUUCGUAAAUGUUUUUCCUAAAAAACUAGUCCUUGCCGAUGACAAGCAUACCCAUAGCAUGAUUCAGCCACCACCAUGCUUGAAAAUAUGAAGAGUGAUACUCAGUGAUGUGUUUUGUUAGAUUUGCCCCAAACAUAACACUAUGUAAUUUCUUUCCCAUGUUUUUUGCAGUUUUACCUCAUUGCCUUAUUGCAACGGGAUGCGUGUUUUGGAAUAUGUGUAUUCUAUACGGGCUUCUUUCUUUUCACUCUGUCAUUUAGGUUAGUAUUGUGGAGUAACUACAAUGUUUUUGAUCCAUCCCCAGUUUUCAGCCCAAUCAUAGCCAUUAAACUCUAACUGUUUUAAAGUCCCCAUUGGCCUCAUGGUGAAAUCCCUGAGCAGUUUCCUUCUUCUCCAGCAACUGAGUUAGGAAGGAUGCCUGUAUCUUUGCAGUGAGUCUGUGUAUUGAUACACCAUCUAAAGUGUAAUUAAUAACUUCUGUCUGCCUUUUAAUUUUUACCCAUCUACCAAUAGGUGCCCUUCUUUGCAAGACAUUGGAAAACCUCAAUGGUCUUUCUUGUAAUCUGUGUUUGAAAUUCAUUGCUUGACUCAGGGACCUUACAUAUAAUUGUAUGUGUGGGGUACAGAGAUGUGGUAGUCAUUCAAAAAUCAUGUUAAACACACAGAGUGAGUCCAUGCAACUUAUUAUGUGACUUGUUAAUCAAAUUGUUACUACUGAACUUAUUUAGGCUUGCCAUAACAAAGGGGUUGAAUACUUAUUGACACAAGACAUUUCAGAUUUUCUUUUUUAAUGAAUUUGGAGAAAAAUCAUUAAAUGUAAUUCAAUUUUGACAUUAAUGGGUAUUGUGUGUAGGCCAGUGACACAAAAUUGCAAUUGAAUCCAUUUUAAAUAUAGUCUGUAACACAACAAAAUGUGGAAAAAAUUCAAGUAGUGUGAAUACUUUCUGAAGGCACUGUACAUGUGAUGUUACUUCAUCUCACGAUGCCAGAGAUAGUUUGCAUUGGCUUCACUGGCUAGUAGUUUUCGGCAUUAGGUUAGUGAGGACAUUUGCGAUAACGCUGUUUAAUAUUUUACCUUUUGUAAACCCCUUAAAUUAGGCUUUACCAAUGCUCAACAUAAAUAUAAAUGCAACAUGUAAAGUGUUGGUCCCAUGUUUCAUGAGCUGAAAUAAAAAACAAAAGGAUUAUUUAUCAAAAAUAUAUGUAUAUCCUUGUUAGUGAGUAUUUCUUCUUUGCCAAAAUUAUCCAUCCACCUGACAGGUGUUGCAUAUCAAGAUGCUGAUUAAACAGCAUGAGCAUUACACAGGUUCACCUUGUGCUGUGGACAAUAAAAGGACACUCUAAAAUGUGCAGUUUUAUAACACAACACAAUGCCACAGAUGUCUCAAGUUUUGAGUGUGUGUGUGUUUUGAGUGUGUGCAUAUACUGACAGCAGGAUCUAUCCUCUAUGUUACGUUUAGGUUCUAUUGACAUAGUCUGUCUUAUCAAAUCAAAUCAAAUGUAUUUAUAUAGCCCUUCGUACAUCAGCUGAUAUCUCAAAGUGCUGUACAGAAACCCAGCCUAAAACCCCAAACAGCAAGCAAUGCAGGUGUAGAAGCACGGUGGCUAGGAAAAACUCCCUAGAAAGGCCAAAACCUAGGAAGAAACCUAGAGAGGAACCAGGCUAUGUGGGGUGGCUGUGCCAGGUGGAGAUUAUAACAGAACAUGGCCUGGUUCCAUAGAUGUUCAAAUGUUCAUAAAUGACCAGCAUGGUCGAAUAAUAAUAAGGCAGAACAGUUUAAAUUGAAGCAGCAGCACUGCCAGGUGGACUGGGGACAGCAAGGAGUCAUCAUGUCAGGUAGUCCUGAGCAUGGUCCUCCGAGAGAGAGAAAGAGAGAAUUAGAGAGAGCACACUUAAAUUCACACAGGACACCGAAUAGGACAGGAGAAGUACUCCAGAGAUAUAACAAACUGACCCUAGCCCCCCGACACAUAAACUACUGCAGCAUAAAUACUGGAGGCUGAGAUUAUCAAUUUAUUUCUCAUUAGCUGAAGGAGAUGAUACUUUAUUUGAUUGUAUAUUAUGUGUAUUAUGGCACAUGUAAAUACAAUUUAUUUAGCUCUUAUGGGGAAAAAAAUUGCACUUAUGAAUUGAAAAAUAAGGACAUUGCUAAUGACCGAUAUGUUGACAGACAGACAGAGACAGAUAGACACAAAAUGAAGGUGCCUCGUUGAAUAAAACAUGAGGGGGUGCUUCUACACCUGCAUUGCUUGCUGUUUGGGGUUUUAGGCUGGGUUUCUGUACAGCACUUUGAGAUAUCAGCUGAUGUACGAAGGGCUAUAUAAAUAAAUUUGAUUUGAUUUGAUUUGAGGGGGUGGUAUACACUCAGAGGCCAGUUUAUUAGGUUUGCCGUUCACGAAAAUGCUUCACUCCUACAGACAGUGAGUCACGUGGUCGUGGCUUGCUAUAUAAAGCAGGCAGACGGGCAUUGAGGCAUUCAGUUACUGUUUGAUUGAACAAAAAUAGUGACCUAUGCAACUGAGCAUGAUUUGAUCGUCAGUGCCAGGCGCACCAGUUUCAGUAUCUCAGAAACAGGCUUUUCACGCACAACAGUGUCUAGGGUUUACCGAGAAUGUUGUGACAAACAAAAAAGAUCCAGUCAGCAACAGUCCUGUGGGCAAAAAAGAAUCUUGCAAGCUAACAGGCGGGGCAUAAACAGGCAAAUAAUGGCACAGUAUAACAGUGGUGUGUGUUCAAUCUAAUACUUACAACUCGUAUUAAGUUAAGAUAUUAUACUGAAUGAAAUUAACCAGACUCAGAGGUAAACUUCAUGUCUUUAUUCCAUCACUAUCUGUGUAAUCCCCACAUUCCUUUACUGACGUGGUGACGUCCUAUCUCAGUAUGUCAUGUCAAUACACGACAUCCCUCCUUUACAUGGAUAUGAACGUCAAUGUCACCCUGACAUACACAACAGCACUUAUUCUUUAUCUGUAUAGCAACCUUUAUCUCAUCAAUAAACAACUGAAAUCUG